CCGAGCUCGCAACCGUACCUACACGCCCGGCGGACGUAGACCCCGACAUGUGUGUCUGCCCCGUCGGCGCACACACAUGCGGCUCCGAAGCCCUUGCUCCCUUCCUCUCCAACCUCGAGCUCGUGCGCCUGAACAACGCAGGUGUCCAGGCCGACUAUCCCAUCCUCACGGCCCCACGCCUCUCAAUGCACCUCGACGUCGUCCCCGACAGCCUGGCUGCGUGGGCCGCCGCCCCUGGCAAGAUCGUGCGUACAGCGUGCGUGAGCGGCGCAGACACCGUGACCAUGCUCGUGACCUAUCACCCCGAACACGAGCUCAACCACUUUGGGUUCUACUACUGGCUCUCGUUUCCGCCAAAUCUGAAACACCUCGUCAUCCACUAUCGGCCGCGCGUCGACUUGCCGCCCGCCCCGCACCCACGCCCCACGCCCGACGCACGCGAGCUCGAGCGCCCCACCCUUCUCCAGACGUUCGCCAACAGCCUGUGCCGAGGCACGCAUGGCGGACUUAGAUACUCGCUCGUCGGACUCGACCAGACGUGGUCGGGCAUGUAUCGAGCCCCGGAGCGGCGCGACGACCCCACACCGCUCAGCGCCGAGCUUUUUGCCGCGGCACGGGAGGAGGGUAAGCGCCUCCUUGGGUGGGACGAUGAGAUGGCCGAUGCGUGCUUCGCCCGCGUCCGCUUUCCCACCCUCGAAGAGUACCGGGCCGAAAUUAGCGACGAUCUCUUCGCAUGCGAGAUGAGCGAGUGCUUCUAGCGCCGCCUCGCCCAACAUCUGCAUAACACACCGCAUCUGACCUCUGGCAUCUUCUCAUCUGUAUCGACUUUGCAUGCACCACAUACACGCUGGCGCGGGCUUCGAGGUGCAGACGAGGGGGGCUUAGACU